AUCAUAUAAAAGAUUAUAAUAUGCAAUUCUAUCCUAUCGUGAUCAUAAAUUGUUUCCAUGAUCUGACAAUCUGAACAAGUUGGAAUGGCUGGAUACAGAGGUCGUAGUGUAUUGGAUGAUUCCGAUUCUUCAUCGCCGGAAUCGUCGGAAACCUCAGAAUCUGACGAAGAGGAAUCAACAGAGGAUUCUGACGAGUUAGAAGUGGCCACCUAUUUACCCAAACACAGUUCCGGAGGAUCAGGUUUUCAAGUGAAAUCGGGUUUCCAGAUCGGUAAUAUUACAGUCAAUAUUGUUGGAGGAGAUAUUACCAGACAAAAGGUUGACGUAAUAGUUCACAGUGCAAAUCCUAGUCUUGAUCUAAGACAAGGAAGAGCAUCCAGUUCUCUCCUAUCUGCAGCUGGAAAGGGUAUUCAGAGAGAGUGCAUUCAGAAAUACCCGAGAAAGCUAUCCCCAGGGGAUAUAGCUGUCACAACAGGAGGAAAUCUUGCCUGUAAGGCUAUCUAUCAUGGAGUUCUGACAAAAUAUUCAUCCAAAAAAGACGAAAAGGUUUUAGCAGACUUAGUGACAGAGUGUCUGGAUCAGGCUGAUUCUGACGGUUACAGAUCCAUAGCCUUCCCACCAAUUGGGACCGGGUACCUGUCAUACCCCUCACCAAGAGUUGCUGAAAUAAUGUUGGAAUGUAUUGAAAAUUGUACUUCAAGAACUGUAACAUCUGUAUCCAUUGUUAUAUACUCACAAGAAAGCAGCACUUUCCAGGUAUAAACAAUUUA